AAUGCCGUCAGUAUCAGUGUUCACAUCAGCGUCUCGAAACAAAACCGACGGUUGCUUUCUUCAACUCGUGACUCCCGAUAUCUGGCGUGCCUGCCUUUGUCUCAAUUUAUUUUUGGCAUAGGCACCACAGAUUUAUCUCCAAGUAAUCAUGGUAGAGGUGCCUGCAUGACUCAUGGCCUGGCUAUCUGCGGGUCAAUCGAGGAUGAUGUGCAAUCUGUUCCUUGCAUCUUCCAAUAUUCUGAUAUGCGACUGUGCCCUUCAAAUACCGGGUGCUCUACUCACCGCCCCAACCAAGACAUAUUGGUUCAUUGUCACACGAACAGGCUGUGUGGAACGUAGUUUCCUGAACAAGUGUACGAUGUCAGUCUUUCUUCAUUUGCACAGCCUCAGAUCGGCAAUCAGUUCUGAUUCGGUGCCCUUCUAUUUUUCUAUCUCUCUUUAUCGAGUAGUUAACGCGACUCUGCCUUCUAAUGUUGAUUUGUUGCUAACAAGCAGGUCAAUCUAGGUGGUCGCGCACACCUGUCGUGCUGGCCCUGGCGAGUCGAGGUGUAAUAUAUGUGCGUCUACCCACACGAAACAUGACCUCCUCAGCGUUAAAGAAGCCCGACGGAGACACCUCUCAAGUAACUCUUUGUUGACAG